GUUGCGUAGCAGGGGGGUUAUUGAGGGAGACAAGCUGAAUAAUUUGUGCAUUGAAUGCAUUUAACUGUAAUUUCUUUUAGAAAUAUUAUUUAGCACUCAUAUUUAUAAUGCCGGGAAUGAUGGAUAAAGGUUCAGAAUAUCUUGGGAAAGGUAGAUCUAAUGGAACAAAAAGUCCCUCAAAUGCUUCGAAUGGACAUUUUUCUGAUGAGAGUGGCAGUGACGACGAGCACGAUGUGGGUAUGCGUGUGGGAUCUGACUAUCAAGCAAGCAUUCCCGAUUACGACCCGGGUGCGACAAAAUACACUGAUAAAGACAUUGGUGGAAUGUUAGUGUGGUCUCCGUACCAUACUAUUUUGGACACGAAAUUGGAUGAAUACAUUGCCAUUGCGAAAGAGAAACAUGGAUACAAUGUUGAGCAGGCUUUGGGCAUGCUUUUCUGGCAUAAGCACAACAUAGAAAAAUCUCUAGCGGACCUACCCAACUUUACUCCCUUCCCCGAUGAGUGGACUGUUGAGGACAAAGUUCUGUUCGAACAAGCUUUCAGUUUCCAUGGGAAGAGUUUCCACAGGAUACAACAAAUGUUGCCAGAUAAAUCAAUAUCCAGUCUUGUGAAGUACUACUAUUCCUGGAAGAAGACCCGAUCCCGGACAAGCUUGAUGGAUCGGCAAGCCAGGAAGUUGGCCAGUAGAAACAAUCAGGAGGAAAGUGAUGAAGAAAUGGAUGAGGCUAAUCCCAUUGAAGCGAAUGAUAGUGAUUAUGAUCCAACUAAGGAGACGAAGAGAGAGAGCCACUCGGAGACACAGAUGAUGAGCUCUAAAAUCGGAUUGGGUCGGCGGGACCACCAGACGCUGCAACACCGGCACCACUCUCAGCGCUCCAAGUGCCGCCCCCCUAAAGGCAUGUACCUGACACAGGACGAUGUAGUGGCCGUGUCCUGUAGCACUACUGCUGCUAACACCGUCCUCCGUCAGCUGGACAUGGAGCUGGUCUCCCUCAAAAGACAGGUUCAGAAUGCCAAACAACUGAACAGCAGUCUUAAACAGAAGAUGGAGACUGGUAUCGAUGAUCUCCGUCUACCCGAGAGUAACCAAAAAGUCAAUGCACGGUGGACCACUGAUGAACAGCUACUUGCAGUACAAGGUGUCAGGAAGUACGGUAAAGACUUCCAGGCCAUUGCCGACGUUAUCGGUAAUAAGACAGUGGGGCAGGUCAAGAACUUCUUUGUGAACUAUCGUCGCCGAUUUAACCUGGAGGAGGUGUUGCAAGAGUGGGAAGCAGAGCAAGGCACACGUGCACCAAACGGGGACAGCGCCACCUCUGGCGAGGACACGAAGAACAACUCCAACACCCCUUCAGGGAAAAGUACAGAUGAAGAAGAGGAGGAGGUGACUCUGGCCUCAGGUCCGUCUCCAGUUUCGCAGGCUUCUUCAGGUCAAGCAGCAGCCAGCUGCACCACCUCACUUAACCAGCCUCCACCUCUGCUGCGCCCGUCCCUGCCUGCCACCCCAGCACUCCAUCGCCACCCCCCACCUCUGCAGCAGCAGGCUCGCUUCCUGCAACCGCGGCCCACCCUCAACCAGCCUCCGCCCCUCAUCAGGCCGUCCAAUCCCCUGCCUCCGCGCCUCAACCCACGCCCCACUGCGCCCACUGCUCCCUCGGCGUCUGGCACGGCUACUCCAGCUGUCCAGCAGCCCCCCACACUCAUGGGCAUCCAGCCUGAAACACCGUCCCCUUCUCUGCACUGAGCACAUGCUUCUCCUAUAAGAACUGAAGCUGAGCAGAUAUUGUUUUUCAUUCUAUCUUUAAAAUGUCUGCCUUUAUUCUUUUUAUGGUAAAAAUGUUCCUGGGGCACUACCAGCCAAAUAACAAGAGCUCUUUGUAGAGCCAGCAGUCUGUAAAAAGGAGGAAACAUGUAAACCUGUAGUUUUGUAUUUAUUUAAAGAUUUUUAUGUAACAUUUCAUUUAGAAUUAUGUAAUCAUAACUUAUAAUGAUUAUUCAUGUGUAGAUGUCCUAGUGUUUUAAUAACUUGCUUAAAAAAAACGUAAUUGAAAUUUCACCUGAGGUUAUGUUGGCACAAUCUUAAAAUCACAGAGCGUCAACACUAGACUCCAAAAUAUCAUGGCAGGCAGAACUUUUUGUGAGUGUUUUUGUCGUUCCUAGUAAUGUUCAACAUUUAUGCUCAGUGAUUUUAGAUUUGUUAAAAUACGCAUUUGUGAUUUGUAUAUAGAAGCAUUUAUUUAUUUUUGUACUUGGUGCUAUGGACUCUUAUUUUGUUUUGUCCAAACUCUGGCAUAACCUAAACCUUCAAAGUGCUCUUAUAAGACUAAGAGAAAAUAGUUCUUAAAAACUGGAAGAUAAAAUGAGGAUGAACUCAACUGUGUCUCUUUUUUUUUCAAAUUGCUUUUUAAAACUUCGUACAAAUUUGUGUUGAAGGUCACUGUUCCAAUAUGUUGAUGGACAAUGACUUAUUUUAAUCACAACAGUUACAUCUCAAUAUAUUUGUACUUUUGCCUUCAAAUUGGCAUAUGUAAUGUUAUUGGUUAUUCUGAAGAGAAUUGGUAUUCUUGAUGCACUUAUUGGUAUAACACUCCUGUGAUCAGUGUAACACUAAAGAACCACUGGUUGUCAUUUGUCUCCAGUUAUGGUGCAAGGACAUUCAAGGCAAACUCUCAUCCUGCCAAUGAAGCUAUCUAGUGAAUUACAUACUCUGGUGUUGCAUCUGUGUAUGUAAGCCAAGGGUUGUGAAAUGAAGACUUCUUGUCUUUUUUAAAAAAUAAAAAAAAUCAAUGUAUUUUUGUUAUGGAACUGAUUCCACAUUGUUCAGCAUUUUUGCAGCUGUUUUGUUCGAUUGACUUUGUAUUGAAAGCAUACAUUUUGUUUAUUUAUUUCCAUGUCUUUUAGUCUGUUGUUUUUUCUUGCCCUCUGACUUUGUCUUGGGGUUUUAAUGCUCACUUGUAAUUGUUCACAGCUGAAUAUCACUGAACAAUAAGCAUUUUUACACCAACACUAUGGUAUUUGGCAUGUUUACUAAAUCUCAACUAUAGAUCUAUUUGAUUUAAAGGCAACCAUAGAAGCUGUAAAUGGAAUAUGUCUUUUUUUUUUCUUUUUUUUUUGUUAAAUCACAGCUUAAAUGGAUGAAUUACGUGGCAUGCACUGAAAUGAAAAAAGGCUGAUUGUUAAGUUCUUGUGGAAUUGCAUUGUAUUUGUAUGUAACAAGCUGAAUAAAAUGGAAAAGUAA